GUAUUUGUGUGUGUGCCUGUGGGUGUGAGUGCUUUGCUCCCUCUGAUACACACGCACACACACACACACACACACACACACACACACACACACACAGAGGAGACUGGUCUGAACUUGAAGACAUCCCACAUUCCAAGAGGCUGCAGGUCUCUGGGGAAGCCGGGGGCUUCUUCAACAGGGAAAAUCCUACCCUCAUCUUCCUAGAAGGGAUUAUCUUCUUUAUCCUUUUUCCCCCUUAUAUUUUUUUUUAAAUCUGGAAGAGAAGAGCACAAGUUGUACUCCCCCUCCCGCCCCUUCUUGCUAAAUGCCAUGGAUAUAACUGAAUAAGCUGCUCAGGGCUCUCCCCGCGUGGAUGGUCCGAGGCCACCAUCUGCCUGCCUUCGCUGGAUCGCUGCAGCUGGAGCGCUUAGAGUGAGCCUAUCUUGGGCCAGGAAGGAUGCGUGGCCGAGCCAAGGAGCCCGGGCGCCCUGCGGAGCCGGCCUUGGAGCCUCCCCGCCGCGGGUAGAUGCCUCCUUGCCCAGGUGCAGAGGCUGAGUGACCAGAUCAUGGAGACUCUGCUUGGUGGGCUGCUGGCGUUUGGCAUGGCGUUUGCUGUCGUCGAUGCCUGCCCCAAGUACUGCGUCUGUCAGAAUCUGUCUGAGUCACUGGGGACCUUGUGUCCCUCCAAGGGGCUCCUCUUUGUGCCCCCUGACAUUGACAGGAGGACGGUGGAGCUGCGUCUGGGUGGCAACUUUAUCAUCCAUAUUGGCCGCCAAGACUUUGCCAACAUGACAGGGCUGGUGGAUCUGACCUUGUCCAGGAACACCAUCAGUCAUAUCCAGCCCUUCUCCUUCUUGGACCUUGAGAGCCUCCGCUCCCUGCACCUUGACAGCAACCGGCUACCUAGCCUUGGGGAAGACACACUCAGGGGCCUGGUCAACCUGCAGCACCUUAUUGUGAACAAUAAUCAGUUGGGUGGCAUCGCCGAUGAUGCCUUUGAAGACUUCCUGCUGACUUUAGAAGAUCUGGACCUAUCUUACAACAACCUCCAUGGACUUCCCUGGGAUUCCGUAAGGCGCAUGAUCAACCUCCACCAGCUGAGUCUGGACCACAACCUUCUGGACCACAUAGCUGAGGGUACCUUUACAGACCUGCAGAAACUGGCCCGCCUGGACCUCACGUCCAAUCGGCUGCAGAAGCUUCCCCCAGACCCCAUCUUUGCCCGCUCCCAGGCUUCCUUGCUGACUGCCACGCCCUUUGCCCCACCCUUGUCCUUUAGUUUUGGAGGGAACCCGCUCCACUGUAAUUGUGAGCUUCUCUGGCUGCGGAGGCUGGAGAGGGAUGACGACCUGGAGACCUGUGGAUCCCCCGGAGGUCUCAAGGGUCGCUAUUUUUGGCAUAUUCGUGAGGAGGAGUUUGUGUGUGAGCCGCCUCUCAUCACCCAGCACACACACAAGCUGCUGGUUCUGGAGGGCCAGGCAGCCACUCUCAAGUGCAAGGCCAUUGGGGACCCCAGCCCUUUGAUUCACUGGGUUGCCCCCGAUGACCGCUUGGUGGGAAACUCUUCCAGGACUGCUGUAUUUGACAAUGGCACCCUGGACAUUCUAAUUACCACCUCUCAGGACAGCGGACCCUUCACCUGCAUUGCAGCCAAUGCAGCGGGAGAGGCUACGGCCACCGUAGAGGUCUCCAUUGUGCAGCUCCCACACCUCAGUAACAGCACUAGCCGGAUGGCGCCCCCCAAGUCUCGCCUUUCGGACAUUACGGGUUCCAGCAAGACUAGCCGGGGAGGGGGAGGUAGUGGAGCUGGGGAGCCUCCCAAAAGCACCCCAGAGAGGGCUGUGCUUGUGUCCGAUGUGACUACCACAUCUGCCCUGGUCAAGUGGUCUGUCAGUAAGUCAGCGCCCAGAGUGAAGAUGUAUCAGCUGCAGUACAACUGUUCUGACGAUGAGGUGCUGAUCUACAGGAUGAUCCCAGCCUCUAACAAGGCCUUCGUGGUCAACAACCUGGUGUCCGGAACGGGCUACGACUUGUGCGUACUGGCUAUGUGGGACGACACAGCCACGACACUCACAGCCACCAACAUUGUGGGCUGCGCCCAGUUCUUCACCAAGGCUGACUACCCACAAUGCCAGUCUAUGCACAGUCAGAUCCUGGGGGGCACUAUGAUUCUGGUCAUCGGAGGUAUCAUUGUGGCCACACUGCUGGUCUUCAUCGUAAUCCUCAUGGUGCGGUACAAGGUCUGCAACCACGACACCCCAGGCAAAAUGGCAGCUGCCACUGUCAGCAAUGUGUACUCGCAGACCAAUGGGUCUCAGCCCCCACCUCUGGGUGGAAUACCUGUUGGCCAGCUUCCUCAGGCACCACCCAAGGUUGUGGUGCGGAAUGAAUUGAUGGACUUCAGUACCAGCCUGGCCAGGGCCUGUGACUCUUCUUCUUCCAGCUCCCUGGGCAGUGGGGAAGCUGCAGGGCUGGGCCGGGUUCCCUGGAGGCUCCCACCCCCAGCUCCUCGUCCCAAGCCCAGUCUUGACCGCUUGAUGGGAGCCUUUGCCUCCCUGGACCUCAAGAGUCAAAGGAAAGAAGAACUUCUAGACUCCAGGACUCCAGCAGGCAGAGGGGCAGGGACAUCAACCAGGGGGCACCACUCAGACAGAGAGCCACUGCUGGGACCCCCUGCCACCCGUGCCAGGAGCCUUCUCCCUUUGCCUCUGGAGGGCAAGGCCAAACGAAGCCACUCUUUUGACAUGGGGGACUUUGCAGCUGCAACUGCAGCUGAUCCUGGUGGCUAUAGUCCCCCUAGGCGGGUCUCAAACAUCUGGACGAAGCGCAGCCUGUCUGUCAAUGGCAUGCUCUUGCCCUUUGAGGAGAGUGACCUGGUGGGAGCCCGGGGGACAUUUGGCAGCUCAGAGUGGGUAAUGGAAAGUACUGUGUAGCCAGGGAAGUGUACUCUCCCUCCCACCCUCAAAGUGGGAGAGGAAGGAGCCAGAGUUGGCACUGGCAAGUAUUUGUGGAGUUUCCAUGGUGAUGUUUACAUCCAGGGACAGUCUUGUCUCCCUGUCAACAGCCUCAUGUCCUUCUGCCCAGCUACACCCCCUUCCCCAUGUCACCUUCCCAAGCCUGUCCCCACCACCCAGCGGGGUGUGCUCAGGGAAUGGGACUCGCUCAUGUGUCAGACUGAGCCCUGAGUGUUUGGAGAGGCGAACAACUGCCUUUCUAUUCACAAAUGUAGCGACAAGCAAGCGGCUUCGGAUUGCUUAUGGAUCCAGUGUUGUUUUGAUUUCUUAAUUUAUUUUUCCAUUUCCCA